AUGCAGCGACGCAGAAAAAGAUUUGACGAGCCCACGAUGAGUGACAAAACUUUGCUCUUGAAUGUCGAGGACCUCAUCAACACGGCGUUUGGCACCGCCGACAGAAAUGUAGUCAACUUUAAAAUGAUUCAAGCUAUAUUGCACAUUUUGGCACGUCAGAUGCGUCUACUUGAACAAGAAGUUGUGAUUCAGAUUGAUGAACUCGGUCUUGAGGAUGACGUAUCGGAAGACAGAGAUGGCCGUGGUAGGGAUCGUGGCGGGGGUCAUGGCAGAGAUAGAGAUAAAGACCGAGGUGGAGAUAGAGGGGUUAGUCAUGGAAGGGGUAGGGAUAAAGACCGAAGUGGUGAGAGAGUAGGUAGACGUGGCAGAGAAAGGGAUGACGAUCAACGUGGAGAGAGAAAGGAAGAGCGUCAUAGAAGUAGAACCAAAGGCGGUGAUCGGAGUGGAGAGAGAGGUGGUGAUCGGAGUGGAGAGCGAGGUGGUGAUCGGAGUGGAGAGAGAGGUGGUGAUCGUAGCGGGGAUAGAGAAUCAGGUCGUAGUCGAGAUAGACGAGGAGGACGAGAUGAAGAUACAGGCGGUGACAGAGAACGGGGUCGUGCUGAAGAUAGAGGUAAGGGUCGUAGUGGAGAAACUGAAAGUGAAAGUAGAGGAAAAGGGGGAGGAGGAGGAGGAGGUAAAAGCGGAGGAGAAAGAGUUGGUGGCAAAGGAGGCGGGCGAGAAGGCGGAAGAGAUGAAUAUAUGGAUCGAGGUGGGCGUGCUGAAGAUGGAGGAGGAAGAGGAGGGGAUCGUGGCAGUGGCAGAGAAAGGGGCGGUGGGCACAGCGCUGACAGAGAAGGUCACGGGGGAGAAAGAGGCAGCGCUCAAAGCGGCAAGAGAGAAUACGAUAAGGGUGGUGAAAGAGGCAGUAGCGGUCGCGGAGAGGAUAGAGGAGGAGACAGAGGUGUAGAUAAGCGAGGGGAGAGGGGAACACAGCGAGAAGAUACAGAAGACUCUCGCAGUAGACAGAGAAGUCCUCGUUCGGGAGACAGAGCAGGCGAUCGAUAUGAUGAACAUGGGCAAAGGGAUGAGUAUCACGAUAGAACGACAGGCGAAGGGAGGAGACAUCCCGAUCGUGGGGGUGAGAGUGAAAUAAGUUCAAGUUAUAAUGUGAAAGGAAGUGAAAAGCAAGGGAGGGGCGGCGACCGCGGAGGACAGGUGAGACAGGGACAUGGUGGCGAAGCGGCAAUGGACAGUGGUGCACGCACCGCUGAAGGAAGAGCAGCAGAAGGGGAAAGAAAGAAGGGGAAGAAAGCCGAGCGCAUCAAAGGACAAAGAAGAGGAACUCUUUCAGAAUCAGAUACGUCUCUUGGAAGAAUGCCUGGCUCUCGUACCAACAUCAAUGUAACAGGAAGCCGCGUACCACGCGUAGGUAGCAUCGAAGUGGUGACUGCCUCUCAGUUUGCGUUACUCGAGAGAGCUGUCCGCGAGCUGCAGAAGAUAGCCGGCCCUCUGCCAACACCAGCGCUGCCGGACAACCAGCGGUUGAGAGAAGACCUGGCCAAAGGCACUGCCUCACUCACUGAUACCAUGAAAGCUAUGCAGUUGCAUGCUCGCGUGGAUGCUGCUGAGCAAGGUCUGACCCAGAUGGCGGGCUUACUGACGCAACUCGCGGCGAUGGGCGCGUUGCCCAGUGAAAUGGUUGCUCGCAUCGGGGAAAUGCAACACGGUCAGUGGGCAGGGCAAGGACCAGGCCAGCAUGCGCCAUUUGCUGGACACUCACCUGAACAAGCUUACGGAUAUCAUGGGCAAUUUCCAACACAUAGAGGGCCGACCUCUCCACACGGCACCCAGGGAGAAAUGGCCGCGGGACAUACUGGUGGGGGCGCAUAUCCUCCAGACAUGAGAACUCAAGGCCAUACUGGACCGCCACAGAGUACGGCGACGAGUAUGUUAUCCCGGGGGCAAGGUGCCAGCGCGAAGCCAGGGGCCAUAGAUCCCGCCACUGGCUUGCCGAGGACCGCCAGGGGUUCAGUAGAUGGAGGUGGCUGGGCUUCAGAUCCGACUGUAGCGUAUAGACCCGUCACACAUGCUGAGAUGGAAAAUGCUCUGCUGAACAUUAAAGAAGAGCUCCAGAAAGCUAUAAGUACUAUGACAGCUCGAGCCACACAUUCAGCAGACGUGGCGGCCAAUACUUCCAAGAAUGUCGCGGAAAAACUGGAUUUGGCUUUAGCAAUCGACAAACGGAUCAGCAAGUUAGCAUCUCAAGCUAUUGAUUACUCCUCACAGCUCAGUGGCUUCGAUUCCGGCCUCGCAACUCAGAUGGCCAGUUUCCAGGAACAGAUGGCGCAGAUAAAGAGGGAGCUGAAGGAAGGGCUCGGCAGGCUCGAGCACGUCACUGCCAACGCUGAGUCUGCUGCUCUGACGGACCUGAUGGAGCGCUACCAGAUCCUGGUGGUCGAGCUGGAGCACACGCUCCAAACACACAAGGGCCUCACCGUGUUACAGAAUCAGCUCGAUGGUGAACUGCGAAGUCUUGUGGAGUGCGUUGAAAUGCUUCGAGAACAGAAAGCUGAUAGAGAUGAAGUGUUUGAUGGCCUCAGGGAUAAGGCUGACAUCUGUCGGUUGAAUGGUCUGCUACACGAGGAGGACUUCGAGCACGCGCGCACUGUACUAGAGAACGAACUGAAGCUCUGUUACGAGAAAUUCAAGAAACAGGAUCACAUGUGGAUGACGGCGCUCAAAGACUUGAAAGCCAUGGCAGGAAGCAAGGCAGAGAUAAUUCAACUGAUGGCGCUAAAGGACUCCGCCACCGAGGAACUGAGGUCUAUUCAGGCGCAGUUGAGGGAGCUGUACAUCAUGCUUGGAGAACCAAAGGCGGCGAUACUGAUGCGCAUGCUGGCGAAGAACGCAGCCUGCGCAGCGUGCCUCACUCCGGCACUCAUGGAACCGACAGACCCGAACUACGCCAAGCCCUUCGUCAUGCCCGCGUUCCGGCCACCGCCGCUCGGGGAGGAGGAACCAUGCGUUGCCAAGCCCCAACCGCAGAUGCCGGCUGAUGUCAGGACGCACGUGUGCCGGCGCUGGGCGGGGGGCUCCCACACGCUGGUGGCCGACCACGUCACGCGCGAGCGCGCCGCCCCCCCUGACCUGCACGGCCCCCCCACCAAACGAUACACUGGCUACGGCACCGAUGGAAGGUUAUACAUGUUGGAGGAAGAGCUACAGCCAUGUUUGGAGUGUAACAAGCUGGACUCAGGGGACCUGCAGCAGACUGAGCGAGUGGUAGCUGUCGAACCAAAACCCUCGCCUAAUGUGGGCGCCGGAGACCAGGUCGUGGCUGGUAACGAAAAAGAAAAGGAAGACAAGGAGGAGAAGGAGAAAUAA